GUAGUAACUUACGAGAGUCGUGUACAUAUGUCCACUAUGCUCUGAGUGAGGACAUACAAAAAAUUUGCUUCGCUCUGGAGGUAUUUAUUGCAUUCGACGCCAGAAAUCGCUAAUUUUCUCGAAGGUAACUGAAUAACUUUAAAAAAUGCAAAUAAAGGACGUUGGUGGCCUCCUGCAGCUCAUGUGCGUCUUUCUAAGCUGCCACAGUGCCAAAUUACCAAAAUACCAGGCUGUCGUUUACCCUGAACUACUUGAAGAGCGUGAUGAUGAAGGCAUUACGGUUCUCAAAAUUAACGAUGAUAUCACUCUGAACCUAAAACCAAGCUCUGUCCUACACCCGGAGUUCUUUUUGAGAACGUAUCGCGAAGGAGUUCCUCAGCACACUUACUUCAAUGUCGAUGCUCUGGAAAAAAAUUUGUAUGACGACGAAAAGAGGUUUGCAGCAGUUAUUAUGACUGAAGAAGAUGGUGCAUUACAAGUGAAAGGUGUCGUCGGCCCUAACUUGAAAAUUUUGCCGGCAAUGGGAAUGGAGCGCUCAGAAGAGGGUCAUAUUGCUCAUGUUCUAGAAACGAUUCAUGAUAGCGACUCCGACUAUGCAUAUGGCAAAUUUCCAGAAGAAAAGAUGGCGAAGCUAUCAGCCCGAAGUCUGGCACUUGAUUCAACUUCAUAUAACAUCGAAAUUGUCUACCCGGAGGUAUUGGUGGUUGUUGACCAAACGUUUUUCAGGGAAUUCCGAAGUAAAGAAGACAUGCUGUACUACAUGCUGGUCGAAUUUAGAGUGGUUGUGCUCCGUUAUAAGACAGUCAAUAAUCCUAAAAUAUGCCCCGUCUUCCGCGCCAUUGAAAUAAGUGAGUACGAUCAAGAAGGAAGGUAUUUCCGUUAUAUAGGUGCUGGACUUGACGCUCUUAAAUCACUCUACGCUAUUGUUGAAUUUGUUAAAAAAAACGACGAGUUAUACGGAAAGUACGACUUGGUGUACUUCACAACCGGGAGAGAUAUGAUUGCUGUAGAAGGGUCAAGACAGGAAAGCGUGCUUCAAGGAUUUGCCUUUGUAGCGUCUGCUUGCACUGACAACCGUCAGCAGCUGGGUGAGGACAAAGCAGACAGCUAUACUGGUAUUCGCAUCAUGGCACAUGAAAUGGGGCAUACAUUGGGCUGCUCACAUGAUGGCACAAAUGUGGAUGGCAUCAUUAAGGGUUUCAAGUCUGAGUCCGCCAAUUGCCCUUGGCACGACGGUUACAUAAUGAGUUACAUCCAGGAGGACAGCCGAAGCUAUCAUUUCUCAUCUUGCUGCAACUAUAUGAUGUCAUUAGUGUCAUGGUCUGUUGAAGCUAGUUGUUUGCGGACAAAUCAGACAACGACAGUGGUAACAAGAAUUACCAGGACAGUUUACCUGCCCGGUCAAAUGCUGGAUAAAGACAAACAAUGUAGAAUGACAUAUCCUACAUUGAGAAAUACGUAUUACAUGAAAGAAUAUGGCGUCCAACGUUGCGUUGCGCAGUGUUUUGUAGACGGCAGAGAGUUUCAUGCCUCCAGCUCACAUUGGCCUAUGCUCCUCAUCGAUGGCAGCGAGUGCGCUCAGGGACGGAUUUGCAUUAAUGGAAUGUGCGUACAGGACACCUUCAGGCACUACAAUCCCACUGAAGGCCCAACAAAAAAGCCUAAGAAAAAACCCAAAUCACCAAAGACAACCACUGCUAAAACCACGAAAAAAAACAGUACGAAGAAAACUACGACAAAACGCCAAAAGAAUAACAAGACUAGCCGCGCAGAGUAACCAGGAGCACUGGCGAAAUCUACUUGAAGGUCAAUAAAUGCUACAGAAAAAUGCUAA